UAAAAUAAACGAGUUCGCCCCGGAUAAAAUCCUUACAAAAGAUUGGCGCGAUUAAAAUCAGUUUUUGGCGAGAAUUUAUUUUUCGAAGGGAGAAAACAAUGAAUCGCUUGGUGGUGAUUCCACGUUCGCGCGUUAUUCGAAUCGACGUGUCAGAAAUCGAGGAAACGAUCGAGCGUGUUAAGUUUCUGUGCACGCCACUCGAGAUAAGAGUCUUAUCUAAUGGGGAAUAAUGAUCGUUAAGGAAGAAAACAAGGAGUCACCGUAUCCAGGAAAAUAGCGCGGGAUCGCGAUGUCAUGUAAUGAAUGGAUAAUUUGAUCGAUAUAGCGGCCGACGUCACUGCUGACGUGGAAAAGCGAUCGAUCGGUUCUGAUGAAAGGCGCAAAGUAUGGAAUUUUUCCAUCAAAAUAUCUCGAUCAUCGACAAUAUCACGGAGCUGAAUCUAAGCGAGUCCGAGUACUUGAAUCUGAUGUGGGGCCCGAAACAUCUGCCGCUUAAAGUCGUCUUGCCGAUCACUCUCAUCUACGUCAUGAUCUUCGUCACCGGGGUAUUCGGCAACGUGGUCACCUGCAUCGUCAUCAAACGAAAUCCCGCUUUGCAAACUGCCACUAAUUACUAUCUGUUCAAUCUAGCAAUAUCCGACCUGCUUCUCUUGAUUCUCGGGCUACCUAAUGAGUUGAGCGUAUUUUGGAAACAAUAUCCAUGGACACUCGGAGAAGGUUUAUGCAAAAUCCGAGCAUACGUCUCAGAAAUGUCAUCUUACGUAUCAGUGUUAACGAUAGUGGUGUUUUCAUUGGAGCGGUACUUGGCGAUAUGCCACCCCUUGCAUUUGUACGCGAUGAGCGGGCUUAAACGACCUGUGCGAUUCAUCGUAGGCGCCUGGUUGCUGGCUCUUAUCUUCGCCCUGCCCUUCGCCGUUUACACCACCGUCAAUUACAUCGAGUAUCCGCCAAAAUCCGGUCGCUAUUCCGAGGAAUCGGCAAUGUGUGCCAUGUUGCUGCCCAACAUGCCCAAGUUUCCCCUUUACGAGCUCAGCUGCCUCAUAUUCUUUCUCGUGCCGAUGCUGUCGAUAGCGGUGCUCUAUGUGAGAAUGGGUCUCCGAAUACAAAGCAACGGCCUCGGGCAUAGCAUCGAGGGCUCCGUUCACGGAGAAACGAGGCAGGCUCAAUCACGAAAAGCCAUCAUCCGAAUGCUCAGUGCGGUCGUGAUAACAUUUUUUAUCUGCUGGGCGCCCUUCCACGCUCAGCGAUUAAUGUACGUGUAUCAGGUAUCGGCUUUCGAAGUCAUUAAUGAGUGGUUAUAUCCGCUGGGCGGUUGCUUGUACUACUUCAGCACAACUGCGAACCCAAUCUUGUACAACGUGAUGAGCGCCAAGUACAGGAUGGCGUUCAAGAAAACACUUCGCUGCACGCCAACGAGCCCUACCAUCACGAGGGACGAUCUCAGCAGCAUGAGAGACAGCACGGUAUGCGGUUGCGGAUCCAGAAGGGGAUCGCAGGUGGUCCGUAUAAGAAGCGUACAUUAUCAACGUAGUAUUAAAUGCAACAUGUCGCACGCCAACGAGAUGCUUCGAUCGUCGAUGAGAUUACGUUACGACGAUGAGGACGACGAAGCGGGUAACUGUGGCGCCGAGAGAUCCUGUGACAUCCUAAAUCCCGAUACGCGGCUACGAGACACGAGGAGAUCCUCGUUUCUCGCGCAUUCGCGAAACGGUAGGACCAAGUAUCUGUCAAACGAGAAAACGAAGGAUGGCGUCGCACAAAUGACAGCGGCAAAUGAAACGUGUAUCUGAUUCUCGGCUUAUAUUAACGGAAGGAGGAAGAAAUGUUACGGCGCAAGAAUCGUAAACAACAUUCCUCGGACUGGAUAAAAAAAAACUACUAGUGUCGCUCAUGCAUGUAUAACGAGAGUUGACUCAUGUGCAGAUUAACGGAAAACAUUGGAUUACCCCAAAAGGACGAUUGUCGAGGGAGGAGGACGUGCCGCGUUUUUUCUCUCGUCAAAAACAUAUCCGGCAAACGGGAUUUUAUGAAAAAUAAUGUUUUGCCGAAGUAAAGUUACCAAGUGUCUAAGUGAAAAAUAAUAUGAGUGUCGCGGAGAUUGACAAAGUUAUAUUUACUUAUAACGAGAGGAAAAAAAAAAAAUAUAUAUAUAUAUAUAUUGCAUAAUAUUAUGCAAUCGAAUAAAGAUAUCGCAGAGGUAAUUAAACUUUGCGGCGCGGAAUUAAUUUAAUAUUCACACUUCAUACACAAACUUAUAAGGAAAAUGUAUGAACGGCGGAAUGGAGUUGCAAGAUGAGAUUUAAAAUAUUUGACUAGAUAAUAGAUAAUAGAAUAGAUGAUAGAAUAGAUGAUAAAAUAAAAAAAAUGUUUGUUCUAACAAUAAGUGCAAAAGACUGAAGAGAAGUGAGAGACGAAAAUGAAGGAUGUAUUGGCAAAUAUUUGCGAUCUUAAGCAAUAAUAAUUGAUGCUCUUCAAGUUGAUCCUAAGAAUAAUUUAUGAUUGAACAUUAGCUUUUUAAGCUAAUUUAAUUUAAUCUUUUCAUUAUAAUUUGACAGCAUCAAUAUGUGAAAAGUAUUAGAAAAUGGCAUAUUUUCGGCUCUUCUCAAUCUCAAUCAUUUUUCUAUAUUAUUUUAUUCGCAAUUUCUCUGAAGAUUAUUGUAACUUUGAACUACACACACACACACAUACACACACAUACAUACUCGCAUACGUACAAUAUCUAUUUAAUUUCUAUUGUAAAU